AUGAAUCUACUCCGUCCCCCCAUUUCUCUUUCCGUCUCUAUCAUUCUCUCUCUAUUGUUUGCUCUCUCCGUCCUAGAUCUAGGGUUUCCUCCGUCUCUCUCAUGCUUCUUGAGAGAUUCAACAGUUCGAUUACGAUUACUUAAGGAAGAUAGACCGGUUGAGUUGCACGAACGCGAGGUUACGAGACUGAGGAGUGAAAAAGGAUCGAGAUUAUGGAUCGGGAUCGAGACAGGGAUCGAGACCGUGACCAGUCGAGUCGAAGCAAGAGGAGGAGACGAGAUCAUGAAUACUGGGUUGCUGGUAAUCCUCCUAAGGUCUGGUCCUCCCGUCGCUACCGCCCCUCAGUGAACCAGAGCUUAGACCACAGGGAAAGCUUACGGUGACAGUAGUGAAGGCAAAUGAUCUUAAGAACAUGGAAAUGAUUGGAAAAUCUGAUCCUUAUGUUGUUGUGUACAUUUGACCAUUGUUCAAGGUUAAAACAGAGGUCAUUGACAAUGACCUGAACCCCAUUUGGAAUCAAACAUUUGAGCUGAUUGCAGAAGACAAGGAGACACAGUCUCUUAUUCUUGAGGUUUUGAUCCACAUGCCUUUAGGUCACUUUUGACUAUGCUAUUUUGUGAAAUUACUGGGAUGGUGCUUUACUUGUUGACCAUUCUUGGAAAGUUAAUUUGUGUACAUACUGAGCCUCUAUGCAAUUAUUCUCGUAAUAAUCUCUUAUG